AAUAUUGAACUUGACAUACCAAUUAGAAGUAAAAAAUUAUUUAGAAGUUCUGCCAAAAGUGAAAUAAAAACAAAUACAAUUUUAUUUUACAGCAGGUUCUAGUAUCUAAACCAGAAUGGCGUCAAAGUUCUACUACUUUGGAUUUGGCAGUAAUCUGUUGGCCAAGAGAAUACACAUACAAAACCCAACAGCAGUGCGGAUAGGUCCCGGGAAGCUGGAGAACUAUCAGCUUGAUUUCUAUACGAGCUCGCGUACUUGGCAUGGUGCGCCAGCAACGAUUGUACCGAAGAAGGGCUCUUGCGUAUUUGGAGCCAUUUGGGAGAUUGAUAAUAGUAAUUUAAAGGAUCUCGAUGAUCAAGAAGGCGUUUCACAUGGCAUUUAUGUACCCAUCACAGUGACGGUAAUAGCGCUUAACGAUUGUAAGCCCAUCGAAUGUCGCGCCUACCAUUUAACAACUCAACCGACCGGAGAUGUGAGAUGUCUAAAACCCGAGCAGAUACCAUACGAUCGACAACCAUCGAAAACAUAUUUAAAAACGAUUGUAAAAGGAGCUUUGGAGACGUGUUUACCAGCGGAAUAUGUACAGUGGCUACGUACCAUCAAACAUAAUGGCAAGCUGGUCGAAGUGCUGGAGAAAAAAUUGGAUUUGUGUGACGUGAAAUUGUAAAGAUUGUCGUGUUGAGUAGAUACCAAAGAUAUUCUUUAGUAAUAAAGAGAGUAAAAAGUUGGUGGUCUACACAGUUAGAGAAUUACAUUGUGUAGGGUUUAGUUAUGAUGGAGGCAAGAAAGACAUAAGAGGCAUUUAUUAGUAGUACUAAAUUUAUAUUUAAAUACUCACUACAAGAGUUAUCUUAAAAUUACUCCAUCAACUCCAGCGCUGAUGUGUAAAAAUAUUUUUUAAGUACAACUCUAUGAA